CCUGUGGAGAUCCGCUCCACCCCCAGCAAGGCGACGCCUCCUGACUCGCUUAUACAAGACCUUCGUGAAACAUAUGCAGACUAUAAAGACGAACCCGAACACUCUCAACUCAUCCAGCCGUUUCCUUUUUUCAGCUGCUGGCCAUGCGUCCACGCAGGUCAAUGAGUCUAUUGGAGGCUGCCCUGUUGCUUCUGCUGGCAGGCAGUCAACAAUGUGCCUCAGCAGCAGCCGACCUUAAGAUUUUGGCUCCGCCAGAGGUCUCGAUGUACAAUGGCACUAUGUAUGCAGCCUGCAAAAUCCGACCCAUCACCUCACUACCCGGGGCUCUACCCAAAGUGUACGGCCUUGUGCUGUUCAGACAGGAUCACCCUCAUGGGAAACUCGAAAUCCUUUUCCGGCUCAACGGUUUCCCCAAAGAUGUCAGCCCAGAGCCUCAAAGAGCGGUGCACAUCCAUCAGUACGGGGACCCAAGCCAGGAAUGUAACUCCACCGGUGGCCACUACAAUCCGCAUUCCGAACAUCAUCCAAACCACCCGGGAGACUUUGGCAACUUUAAGCCCCAGGAAGGGAAAAUCUAUACUCUAAUAGAAUCUGAGGCGACGCUAUUCGGAGGGCUGUCCGUGAUUGGGAGAGCAGUGGUGGUCCACGAAAAGAUGGAUGACCUGGGCCUUGGUGGAGACGCUGGGAGCCUGCUGCACGGAAACGCAGGCCGGAGGCUCGGCUGUUGCAUUAUUGGAGUUUUCCCUCCCAGUCCCUGGAAUAUGUAUCAUAAGCAGUAUAUCAGUCAGCUGAAGAGAAAUUAGACCAGAGCUAUACAGUAUACUGAGUUGAUAGAUGCUUCUGUGUCUGACUUUCAAGUAUAGUUUAAAAUAACUGUCCAGCCUACUUCUUUUUGGGGGACCAUGAAUAUGUAAUGUUAAGUGUUAAACUUGAUUUUCAGGGUAGUGUAACACAAUAUAUCAAAUCCUGAUCCAACGUGGUCCAUCUCAUUUUGGUUUGCAAGCAUACUUCAAAAAAUAAAAAACCCAAACAAA